CCGGACCAAGGCAAGUCGACGUCGCAAGGGCCUCGUGGAAACUUCCGUAAAAACGCGCCAUCUUUGUUUUAGGGCACUAACUGACCACUGAGAAUUAACGACGAAUUUCUCUCGAAAUACAAUAACAAACUCCCAAGACACCCGUCAUUUUGAUGGAAGUACAACUAAAGCACAUUUAUUGUCUGUAUUCGGAACGCGUAGGGCAGACUUUAAGGACUGUGAAGGCCUAGCAUUAGAAACGCACAAUGGCCAGCGUGGAUAUUAACCGUGCGACUCCCAAAGAAUUGGAACAUCUAAAUGGUAUUGGAAAAAACAAGGCGAAUUAUAUUAUUGAAUUUCGUGAUGCGCUUGGAGGGUUUUCAUGUGUGGAUGACCUUUCAAAGGUACCUGGUAUAGGACCACAUUUACUUGAAGCAAACAGGAGUGAUUUGCAUUGCUCGCCUGCAAAAGAACCUGUGACAAGAAGAGAGACACGAGCCUUAGCCAAUCAGAGAAAGAACAGUAGGGAAUAUAAACCAAGACGGCAGCUAUUCCGUAGACUAGCACAAAGCAUUACCAGUAGAAAUACCAAAAUCACAAGAAAACACAAGCUUGCUGGCAAGCCUGAAACGACAGAGCAGGAGGAGGCAAGCCCUCCUAAGAAAUUAUGUACAAAGCCUAAAACAGUGAGAAUUCUCCCUCACAAAAGCUAUGGCAGAAUAAAGACAGACACUUGUGCUGUAUCAGCAAUUGAACCCCGCUGCCGAAGGACAUCCUUUUGUACACAGCCCCCAGCAGGGUUGAAAGACUGGAUUCAGGUCUUCCAGCAGUGGGACCCAGAAGAAAAGAAAUAUGCCAUUGAAGAAAUUAUUGAGACGUGUGAGCCGUCUCUGGUGCGGCAUAUGAUGGGUACAAUUGAGCCGCGAUUCCAGAGGGAUUUUAUAUCUCUGCUACCCAGGGAACUGGCUUUGUACGUAUUGUCAUUUCUAGAACCAAGCGACCUUCUCCAUGCAGCACAGACGUGCAAAUGCUGGCAGAUACUUUGUGAGGAUAACUUAUUAUGGAAACAAAAGUGCCGUGAGGCAGGGAUCACAGAGGACCCUCACAGCCCCUCAAAAUUACCACGACGACGCAGCACCCAAACUCAAAACAACACAGCACCAACCCCUACUACUAAACACCACCCAAGCCCCUACAAAAAGCUCUUUAUGGUAAAGCAAAAAAUCUACUGGAAUUGGCGACGUGGACCUCUGCGUCCCUCAAAAAUCUUAAAGGGUCACGAUGACCAUGUGAUUACAUGUCUUCAGUUCUCUGGGAGUCGAGUGGUCAGUGGGUCAGAUGAUGGCACCUUGAAGGUGUGGUCAGCACUAAGUGGGAAGUGCCUGCGUACUCUGACAGGCCAUACUGGCGGAGUAUGGUCCUCUCAGCUGAGUGGCCACAUUAUUGUCAGUGGCUCAACUGAUCGAACUUUAAAGGUGUGGAAUGCAGAGACUGGCUAUUGUAUGCACACAUUGUAUGGACACACUUCAACUGUGCGCUGUAUGGACAUGCAUGAGGAGGUGGUGGUCAGUGGGUCCAGGGAUGGGACCCUCAGGGUUUGGGACACCACUACUGGCAACUGUCUGCAUGUGCUUGUUGGACACCUAGCUGCUGUUCGAUGUGUGAAGUAUGACGGUCACCGCGUGGUCAGUGGUGCGUAUGACUUCCUGGUGAAAGUCUGGGAUCCCGAGACAGAGCAGUGCAUACACACUCUACAAGGACACACCAACAGGGUGUACUCCCUGCAGUUUGACGGCACGUACAUUGUCAGUGGCUCGCUUGAUACGUCAAUAAGGGUGUGGCACGCUGAAACAGGGCAGUGUCUACACACACUUGUGGGCCACCAGUCUUUAACAAGUGGUAUGGAGUUACGCAAUAACACCCUGGUGUCUGGCAAUGCUGACUCUACUGUCAAAAUCUGGGACAUUACAACGGGACAGUGCCUGCAGACCUUGGCAGGGCCAAACAAGCAUCAGAGUGCAGUGACAUGUUUACAAUUCAGUAGCAAGUUUGUGAUCACUAGUUCUGACGAUGGUACAGUCAAAAUCUGGGACUUACAAACUGGGGAAUUUAUCCGGGACCUGGUAAAGCUGGAUAGUGGGGGCAGUGGCGGUGUGGUCUGGAGAGUGAAGUGUGAUGAGAAGAAACUGGUUUGUGCUGUCGGUAGCCGUAAUGGCACUGAAGAGACCAAACUUCUUGUACUGGAUUUUGAUGCGCAGGAGUGAAAUUUGAUGUGUGAGCAUUGCAUUUAAUCAUUGUAUCCAUACAUUUUAGAUUUUUUUAUGAAGUUGGUUUCUGACUUCAGUGCUUAGAUGCCUUUUCCGGAGAUAUUUCUAAUGUCUUUUUUACAUUGAAAGUAGCUUGUGUUGAUGUGCUCACAUUCAGAGUAAUGUUUUGUUGUUUAUCUGUAAACCGUGUUUUAUAAUUGUUUCUUAUCCAUUAAUUUUGCAUGUCUAUAUAUGUUCCAAGACUGCCUUCUUGCUUCUAUAGAAGGACAUAUUUUUUGUUUUUUUGUACUGUAUGUAUGGAACUCAUCAACAUAAGAUUGCUUAUUCUAAAUGACCUGUUAUUACAUAUAGUACAUAUGUAAUUCAAACAUGAAUAUACUGUAUGACCUGCCAGAAAUUAACACUUACACAAAUAUGACUAUGGGAAGGUAUUUGUACUGCAAAUACGCUAGUUACACUUUUUAAGAAUUUGUAUGCUACAAGCUAGAGCAGAAGGGAUAUAAAAGUUAAGUGAGAUGUUGGAUUGUGCUAGGCUUCAACGAGUUACUCAAUUUUACAUUCACCACUACUUAAAUUGCUAUUCAUUUUGCUAAUUAAUUUUGGAUUCCAUGUUAGAAUUAGCAGAUAAAUAACUGGCUUAAAACAGUCACAUCUCAAAUCACUUGUCUCAUGCUGACAGACCAUUGCUUUAUUAAAAUAAGCGUCACAUUGAUUUGCUGUUGAGUCUGCAUGAGUGUCUGAUUUGAAUUUGUCCACAAGUAGUUUGACCUUUUGUAAACAAGUUAAAAUCUCCUUUUUCUGUCAGCCAAUUAGCCAAAAACAGACUUUUUGGAUCACUAACUGCAAGUCAACUAACUCACUGUACACAGGGAGACAUUUACCAAUCAGACAAACAAGGAUUUUUUUGGCGUCUUAGAUUUCUUAUAGAGGCCUUCACAAAAAAGGGCGACAGACCACACUAUAAUGUAGAUCUCAAGUUGAUGUCCAUGACAAUGUUUGAAAAAGGCAUAUCUCAAUCCACAGUUGGCAUAAACCUAGAAUAACUGUAGAUAAAUUAAUUCAAAAUAUUUCUUUAUGUUUUCCCCUUGCCCUGUGUGCGUUGGGCACAAUCUAGUACAGCUUACGAAUCACUCUAUUUCUCAAAAAACCUGUGUAACAUUACCUAUGACUCGAUAAGAUUAAAGCCUGGUUUCCAUACAUGUUUGGUCUAUUGAAUUUCUGUCAGUUUAUUUCCAUAAUAUAUAAAAGUAACAGAAAUGCUAGUAUUGAUCAAUAAGAUGUGGAAACAAGGCUUUAGCAAAAAAUUUGUAGCUUGUUUUGCAGCGUGCAGGAGUAUGGCUGGAGGGUACUACCUUUUACUGAUAGGAGUACAGUAUAGUUACAGAGAGCUUACGGGACAUGUUUAAACGAUGAUAGCCUCAUAUUCUUUGUAAGUGAAAAACACAUUGUAAUGCAACACACCCAAGACAAUCAUCUUUAUAUAUAACAGUUUGAUAAAAUCCUAUUAACCAAUAUUUCUCUUGUACAUUAAAAUCAAAAUAAAUCUAUUUUUGGAAA